CGCUUGUCUGCUGGCUCAGAGGGUGGACAAAUCAAACACCCACACGCCAUCGCGCAGCUGAACCUGUACGUGCAGUGAGCUACAAGACGUUUAUUUUUCCACAUUUCAGCUGCCGACCCUUCGAAAUAAACAGGAGGUUCGUUUAUGCAUAAGAGAAUAAGAUCUUAGAUGCAGUGUAGCUAAUCGAUCAAUGCGAUCUACUGGCGUCUGUUAAGGCGUCUUGUGAUCUCUUCCUCUCUAAAUGAUAGGGAGGCUUCAUCGCCCAGAGGAAAACAUUGAUUACCUAAUAGAUUAGCAGUUCCUCCUCUUUUUGCCAAUCAAACACACAGACACUUAUGGCGACCAGUGCCAAGAGACCGUCCCUGCAGGGCCCAGUGCCCCCUCCUCGCAAGAAGACGACCCCCAAACCAGAGCUGACCGAGGAGCAGAAGCAGGAGAUCAGGGAGGCCUUUGAGCUGUUUGACACAGAUGGCUCCGGACACAUUGAUGUCAAAGAGCUCAAGGUCGCGAUGAGAGCUCUGGGGUUUGAACCCAAGAAAGAGGAGAUCAAGAAGAUGAUUGGUGAAGUGGAUAAGGAUGGCACAGGGAAAAUCUCCUUUGCCGACUUCCUCAGUGUCAUGACCCAGAAAAUGGCCGAGAAAGACUCCAAAGAGGAGAUCCUGAAAGCUUUCCGGCUGUUCGAUGAUGACGAGACAGGAAGGAUCUCCUUCAAGAAUCUGAAGAGAGUAGCCAAAGAGCUCGGAGAGAACCUGACAGAUGAAGAGCUGCAGGAAAUGAUCGACGAAGCCGACAGGGACGGAGACGGAGAAGUCAACCAGCAGGAGUUCCUGCGCAUCAUGAAGAAAACCUGCCUGUACUGAAGGAAAGAAGCUCGAUGUCAUGGGCUCGUUGACCCAGCGCUGAGAGGACCGGUGGUGGUUGUACAUGUAAUGCUGCUCAUAGACAUAUAUCUAGUUAUUCCUUGUCAAAAUGUUCCCUCUAUUAUUCUGUCGUGUCAUACACUUUCACUUCUAAAGGUUUAUAUGUCCAACACUUCAGUCAAAGUCAUGAACCACUGAUCCAUCUUGCUUCGAGUCACUUAGUCAUCUACAUUGCAUUUGCCAAAAAAACACACAUUGAUGAAAUAUUAAUAUUUUUGUUGGUUAUUUUUUGUCAAGAAAUUCUAUGGUGACAUUACAUUACAGUGCUUUGAUUGAUAAUACAGUGUGUGCAUUAAUUCAACCAUCUAUAAGAUGCUCGAUUUAUACUGGCGACUCGUGUGUUUCAUCUCUUUUAUAUUUUGUAAUAGCUGUUAGGUAAGUAAGAAUAUUAGGGCCAGACGUGAGAAAAAUAUGAGAGGAGGAAGAUUUUUUUUCUUUUACAUUUUAGUAGCCUAAAGGAUAUAAGAGGGGUUUUUUUGUAUUUCGAGAAUAAAGAUGACAUGUCAACUCCUCUGGUCAAAUCCAGUUACAGGAGCGACUAACAUCCAUAUGAGCUGCCAUUGUUCCAGAUUUCCAAGUUCGUGUGGUUUCUCACCACGAACGGACAGUUUUCAGCACAAUCUCUACCGAAGAGAAUUUCCUUGCUACUAAAACAAGAACAAUUACGCAAGGCAUUUUGUCGAGGAAGUCAUAUGCACUAACACAAGUUGUUUGAUAUAUUCUUAAAAGUUUGACUUUAAACGUGACAUUUUAAGAUCUAUUCGACAUUUUGACUUUAUUCUCAAUAUGCAAAUUGUAAAAAAAAAAAUCUGAUUUAGUUAGAUCUCAUCCUCGACAUUAUUCUCGAACUGUAAAAUGGGGGCCCUAAUACUCUUCUGUAGUAAGGUAACCGCUUGAUAACCGGGUGGUGCUGUCUCCCCUCAGUGCUGCCUGUGGAUUUGUGCCUGUGCCUCUUUAAGGGGGUGAUCAGUCAGGGAAGCUGCCCAAACCCCUCUGACCUUAAACACCGUCUCAUUAUCUUUAAAAUAUGGCUGAUCGAUUGUGUUUUUCUUGUAGCCCCGACUAUUUAUCCUUCUGUUGUGUACAUUUACUCUCCUGUAAUCUCGAAUGUUUUGUAUGAUAUACAGUAUGGUGAAUUCAUAAGCAGAUCCACAAUAUAUUAGUGUUUAAAAUACAAAUUAAAUAUCCUGAAGCAGUU